AUGUCAUCGAGGUUUCUUCUUCUCCUUGCGUUGUUAGCCGCCACCUCUAAUGCUAUCUUGCCAAGUGGGAGAAUCCCUGAUGGCAUAAUCCUAAGUGGCCCUCUCACCAAGCGUAGUGGGAGCACUGGUUGUAAUGCCGAUAACGCCCUACGCAACCUUCGCGACAGCCGAUAUAGCAGUUCGGCUAGUCUCUUCUGUUCUGUCUGGUUACAGUCUACUCUUAUAGACACCUUGCAAGUAACUGCGACAGCAUCCGCCACAGCCACUGAAACUCCAGAACCGGUUACUGUCACAAUCGAAACAACAGAUACAAUAACAAACACGGAAACGACGUAUACGACGGUGUACCCUACCGGCGUGAAUACCUUUUUAAAAAGGGGAGAAAUCGCGUAUCCGAGUUGGUUACCGGCGACAUAUCCCGCUACUAGAGUCAGCAGUGCUUGCUCAUGUUUCAUUGCAUCACCGUCGCCACCGGUUAUAACUACCUUUACCACGACUGUUGCUACGUUAACAAAUACCGCUACCGUUACCCUCGAGCCCUUGACAAAUACUGAAACGAGCUUCAUCACCGCUACCGCGUCAGCCACAAAACUAGUGACCGAAACAGGACCUGAGGUGCCCUGCGGCGUUACCGGGUGUAGUAAUGGUGCAGGAUUCUUCACUUGGGAAUGGGCCUCAGAUGUACAGGGAUGCCAAGCUUUGUGCCUAUCUUACGGGAACUGUAAAUCAUAUCAGUACGGAUCGGAUGGUUGCGGUAUCUUUGAGGUUGAGGUUGCAGCCACGUUUGAACCUGGUAGUGGAUCUGAUCCGACGUGUUCCCUGUAUCAGUUUUAUGACUUUAGGUGCCUCGUCUAG